AUGGAUGCACAUUUAAAUAGUGAACAUGCUGAUGUAGGUAUUACAGCAGAUGGUGCCGUGGAGAAUAGAACGGAAUCAACUCACAUCAAUAAGCGACUAAAAAAAUCACCUAUCUGGGCAGAGUUUACAGAGAUUAAGGAUGAUAAUGGUGUCACCAAGGUGUGUUGCAACCACUGUAAAAAGCUAUUUACAAGGAACAAGACUACUUCAACAAAUCAAUUCCACAGGCACUUGCAAUCAUGUCGUGUUUUUCAAAAAGAAAAGGCUGCACAAGAUAAGGGGAAAUUUUCACAAACACAAAUUGGUUUUCUUCCAACAACUGUAGAGCUAUCUUCUUUUCCAGCAUUACGUGAUGGGAAAUUUGAUAUGGAAGCGGUAGCUCAUUGGAUUAUGAUGCAUGAGCAUCCUUUCUCCAUUGUAGAAGAUGAAGGAUUUAAUUUGAUGCAUAGACUGGGAAUGCCUGAGUGGAGAUCAUUUACUAGAAUCACGGCAAAACAUAUUUGCGUGAAAGUGUACGACGUGGAGAAGCAGCAAUUGAAAAUUUUAUUGAAGAAUGUGAACAAAAUCAGCCUUACUACAGACUGUUGGAAGUCGAAGAAUCAAAAAAUUGAGUACAUGGUCAUAACUGGUCAUUGGAUUGAUCAAAGCUGGAUUUUACAAAAACGUAUGCUCAACUUUGUCCAUAUUCCACCUCCUAGACAAGGCCUUGAGAUUGCAAAUGUUGUGUGGCGGUGCUUGGAAGAAUGGAGAAUCGAUUCUAAGAUUUUUAUCGAAAGUAAAAAGAAGCUGCUUUGUGAAGGAAGUUUGUUCCAUGUCAGGUGUUGUGCACAUAUUCUAAAUUUGAUAGCACAAGAUCGUCUUUCUCAGAUUAAAGACAUCAUAGAAGUUGUCCGUGACAGUGUCGAACCGAAAGACGUGUUUCCAAGGUUUGCAGACCGAGAGCCUCAUUUUGAAAAAUGCCCAACUAAUGAAGAUUGGAAAAAAGUUGAGAAAGUGUGCUCGGUAUUGGAGGUGUUCUGGACAGCUACACAUAUCAUUUCUGGAAGUGAUUAUCCAACCUCAAACUUAUUUCUUAAUGAAGUAAGUAGAGUGAAGGUAAUGUUGGAUCAAAAGUCAUCAGAUACUGAUUCUUUCAUCCAGGAUAUGGUCAAGAAAAUGAAAAUCAAGUUUGAUAAGUAUUGGGGGGAGUCUGAUUUACUUAUGUCUGUAGCAGCUGUGUUGGAUCCUAGAUGUACGAUGACAGCACUUCAAUUUCGUUUUCCCAAGAUUUAUGGGCCAAUACAAGGCGAGAGAAAUUAUACGUGUUCGAGAAACUUUAUAUCAACUUUAUGCCGAGUAUGCGGCGCAACAAAAUAG